UUUUGAAUUUGUUUUUUCUUUUCCUGCUGUGUUUCACUGCAACUCUUCCCGAGAUUCCAUUGUGAAGGAAGGUGAGGUAGUUGCUUGGUUGUUCCAAACACACCCUCCUUUUAGUCCUUCCCCUUCUGCACUCUUUAAUAAGUAAUCAAUCCACCAUUUCCCAGAUUUCAUAUUUUAGAGUUCCCCUGGGAGCUUCACUUUGAUGAUCAUGGAGACUGCUUAUCAGAUCAGAGUGAGGAAACACUAUUAGUUUACCUUGAGAGUUUCUGGGUAUAUAUGAGAAGGUAGGAUCGAGAAUGAGGUCUGCAGAGGAUAAGGGUUGUUAUAAUUACAGAUCGACACAGGAGAUUUCAAGCAACACUGCCAUUAAUUUUGAGUUCCACAAAGGAAAUGGUACAAAUCAGGGUUUUCAUCAUCACAGGACAGCUUUGGGGAAACCAACUCCAUCAAAAUGGGAUGAUGCACAGAAAUGGGUAGUUGGAUUAUCAAGAGGAGAUCGAAAUCGUUCCAAGACUAAACCUCGAAACUCAAAUGCAGAUGACAGAAGAUUAAUCGACUCUGUUCCUCAAAUGGAGAAGGAUUCUUCAAGUGGCACAGAUGAAGGUAGUGAAGAUGGAAACCCAUGUCCUGCAAUUUCAAUUCAGGAUGAAGGGGAGAUGAAGAAAGUCGAUUGUAACGAGUCAUUGUGGCGAAUCAACAAGCAUUCAGAGGAUCCAUCAUCGGCUAUUAGAUCUGUUUGUGUGAGGGACAUGGGAACAGAGAUGACCCCCAUUGCAAGUCAAGAGCCUUCAAGGACUGCUACCCCCAUUAGAGCCACAACACCUGCAGCAAGAAGUCCUAUCUCUUCUAGAUCAUCAACCCCUGGAAGGUGUCGUCAAAGUGCACAGGCCAUUGAAAGCUACCAAACAGGUCUCACACCAUUGGAAAGCAGAAAUGAAGUUGUGGGUUUUGGCAGGGCAGGGGGAGCAACCAGGUGGUCUAACAGAGAAGAAGAAGAAGAAGCCAAUGCUUGCAAGGUAUUUGAAUAUAAGAAUGGUGAGCAAGCAGGGAAGCCCAGUCCAUUGGAGACCAGGGCCAUGGCUUGGGAUGAAGCUGAACGAGCAAAAUACAUGGCCAGGUAUAAGCGUGAAGAGGUGAAGAUACAGGCUUGGGAAAAUCAUGAGAAGAGGAAAGCAGAAAUGGAAAUGAAGAGGAUGGAGGUGAAGGCUGAAAGGUUGAAAUCUAGAGCACAAGAGAGGUUAGCAAACAAGGUAGCAGCGGCUCGUAGAAUAGCGGAAGAGAAACGUGCAAAUGCUGAGGAUAAACUGAAUGAGCAAGCUGUGAGAACUUCUGAGAGAGCAGACUACAUAAGAAGGACGGGUCAUUUGCCUUCUUCCUUUUCCUUCAAGCUGCCUUCUCUUUGCUGGUGAAGGCAUACAUUUUACUAUGUUAUUAUCAAUCAGCUAGUAGUUCUUUUAGUCCCCCAACCAUCUGGAGAGGGAAUAAAAAUAGUUGAUAAUUUUUAUUUUAUUUACUUCAUUCUGUUCUGCUGAACUCUGGGUCUAAUGAAGAUUGUUUUUGUUUUUCAAUGGGAAAUACAAUUCCUGCUUCUAGUA